GAAUAAGCAUUACACAAUAUCCUCAAAAGAAAAAGGGGCUUAUUCUGAAAAAGAGGAUAUAGCAAAACCAAAUGAAACAAAAAAUACAAUCUUAACUAAAGAAAAUAGACAAAUACAAAGUACACAAAACUGUACAAAACAAGAUGAUAUAGCCAACACUUAUCAACUACAAGAGGA